UCACCUUUGACCUCUCCCCUCAGGUUUACCCUCAGACACCUUUGGUUUUUUGGGUUUCUUUGGUCGGUAUUUUAAUAUCAUCACUAAAGGAAAUAAGCGCAGAUCCCUUCCGAGUGAAGAGAAAUAUAAUCCAAGUUAAAGAAGAAGCUGCCGGUUAAUCUGGACGAGGGGGCGGGGAUUCACCGGCCUCUCGGCGCAUGCGCAGUUGCCAGAACCUGGUGAGGCGAGCGCACGCGGCGGAGGUUUGGCCGUCGCGACCGUGUGGAGGAAGCAUGAAGCCCGCCGGGGGCGAAGGCAGCGGCAGCCGGCAACCUCUUUUCAGCACCCUUUCUGUCGAGAAGCAAGAAGGGGAAAGUGAUGAUUUGACAGACAGUGAUGAAAGUAUCUUCUCAGGACUAGAGGAUUCUGGGAGUGAUAGCAUCACAGAGGAAGAGGAGGAAGACCAUGACGAUGGGGUUGAGGAGAAGUCAAAAAGUGUGUUUCCCCUUGAAAAUAUGCAUGCUGGAGAGGUUUCCAAGAAGAAAGUGCCAUCAUAUCAUAAGAUCAAGGGCAUAGAAACCAGUCAGCAGCGGGAGCCGCCCUUGGAGAACGAAUAUGUGGAAGACAGCUCUGAUGAGGAGGACAUCCGCAACACAGUGGGCAACAUCCCCAUGGAGUGGUACCAGGACUUCCCACACAUUGGCUACGACUUGGAUGGGAAGAAGAUCUACAGGCCCAUCCGCACCAAGGACGAGCUGGACAAGUUCUUGGAGAAGAUGGAGAGCCCUGACUACUGGCGAACAGUCCAUGACAAAAAAACGGGAGUGGAUGUGAAGCUGACAGAUGAACAGGUGGAGCUGGUGAACCGUCUCCAGAGGGGCCAGUUUGGGGAUGUAAAUUUCAACCCUUAUGAGCCUGCCAUCGACUUCUUCAGCAGCCAAGUGAUGAUCCACCCAGUGACAAACCGCCCAGCUGACAAGCGGAGCUUCAUCCCCUCCCUCAUUGAGAAGGAGAAGGUCUCCAGAUUGGUCCACGCCAUCAAGAUGGGCUGGAUCAAACCACGGAAGCCCAAAGAGGACACGCCGGCCUUCUACGACCUUUGGGCUCAGGAAGAUCCCAACUCCAUCCUGGGGCGGCACAAGAUGCAUGUACCUGCUCCCAAGCUCCCUCUUCCUGGCCAUGAAGAAUCCUACAACCCUCCGCCAGAGUAUCUCCCCACCGAGGAAGAGAAGCUGGCCUGGGAACAGCAGGAACCUUCAGAGCGCAAGCUGAACUUCCUACCCCACGGCUACGACUGUUUGCGCCGGGUGCCUGCCUACCCCCGCUUCAUCCAUGAGCGCUUUGAGCGCUGCCUUGACCUCUACCUGUGCCCACGCCAGAGGAAGAUGCGGGUCAAUGUGGAUCCUGAGGACCUGAUCCCCAAACUGCCAAAGCCGCGGGAUCUGCAGCCGUUCCCCACCGUGCAGGCCUUGGUCUACCGUGGUCAUACCAGCCUUGUGCGCUGCCUCUGUGUCUCCCCCAGUGGACAGUGGCUGGCAUCAGGUUCUGAUGACUACACAGUGAAGUUCUGGGAGGUCUGUACAGCGCGAUGUGUGAAGACCCUCCCAGUGCCAGGCGCAGUGAAGAGUAUCGCUUGGAACCCCAACCCCACUGUCUGCCUGGUGGGCAUUGCUGUGGAGCAGUCGGUGCUCCUGGUGAACCCCGGCCUCGGGGACAAGCUGCUCUAUGGGGCCACCAAUCAGCUGCUUGACGCCUAUGUGCCCCCUGAGGAGGAGCGGCCACAGCCUGUCACGUGGGAGGAGGCAACCGGAGAGGAGUGGGACCGCGGCGUGCGGCUCAUCGUCAGGCACGGGAAGCCUCUGAAGCAGGUGACGUGGCACGGGAAAGGAGACUAUUUUGCCACAGUGGUGUCAGACAACAGCCACCUGCAGGUCCUGAUCCACCAGGCAAGCAAGCGCUGGAGUCAGGCACCCUUCCGCCGGAGCAAGGGCCAGGUGCAGCGGGUACUCUUCCACCCACUGCGCCCUUUCUUCUUUGUGGCCACCCAGCGCUUUGUCCGCGUCUACAACCUCCUCAAGCAGGAGCUCACCAAGAAGCUGCUUACCAACUGCAAGUGGGUCUCCAGCAUGGCACUCCAUCCAGGAGGUGACAACCUGAUCUGUGGCAGCUACGACAGCAAACUUGCCUGGUUUGAUCUGGACCUCUCCACAAAGCCCUACCGGGUGUUGAGGCAUCAUAAGGCGGCGCUGAGGGCCGUGGCGUUCCAUUCGUACUACCCUCUCUUUGCCUCCGGUUCAGACGAUGGCAGUGUCAUCAUUUGCCAUGGCAUGGUCUACAAUGACCUGCUCCAGAACCCCCUCAUCGUGCCAGUUAAAGUGCUGAAGGGCCACACGCCGACUCAUGACCUCGGGGUCCUGGACGUCAUUUUCCACCCCAGCCAGCCCUGGGUCUUCUCUGCGGGUGCAGAUGCCACCAUCCGUCUCUUCACAUAGCCGGCUGCCAACCUCCCCUCUGGGCAGGGGAGGCGGAUGGGACUAUGAUUCUGACCCCCUUUCCAGGGAUGGUUGCAAAGCUCUCUGCUGCUUCUCUCUGGGGAGAGAAUGAACUCUGCAAAACCAGCGCUAUGAUUAAACUGUUCAGGUGCAUCAUG